GCUGAGCAGCGUCCAAGUUGCUUCUCCAGACGGACACACCUUGUGACAAGUUCGAAGCUUUGGAUAUCUUUCACUGCAGCUGCACCACAUUUUCUUACAAUGGAAGCUGAGGGAUCGGAUAAGGAGCCAUGCAUAGAGCAUGGCUCGCGGACUGCCAGCUUAGAUUCAGAAUCUAGCCUUUUGCUGGCCGAGUCCUCUUCUGAUGGAGACUGUAGGUCCAGAUCAUCACUUGGAGAGAUGGACGAGCUCUGCUUGGCGGGAGAUGUUACAUGGAGGGAGUACUGGAGAUUUUCCCUUGUGAUGGGCUGUGCGGACAUCCUCGUUGAUGUAGAUAAAUACUUCAUUUACUUUCUCCUCAUCCAACGUGUCGGUUGCGAUUUUGAAGCAUCCUACGGAGCAUUAUAUCUGGUCUACACGGUGGCAUAUCUCUUGUGGUCGCCCUUGACAGGAUUCAUUUCCGACCACCUCCAGAACCACAUCAUAUAUGUCAUGAUCCUGUGUUCCUCCGCGCUGCUCCUCGUCUACGUCUCCUUACUCACUAUUGCUUUCAGCGAUGCCCAGCUCAUCGUGGUAUACUCCCUGAGGUGCAUUGUACAGAUGCAGCUAUCGAGCUCAAGUUGGAAAGCUAUUAAGAUGUUUGUCCAACUCAAGUUUGGAUCCAACGUCUUGUUGCAUGAAGAAGCCAUGAACAAGAUUGGUACACUGGGGGAUUUAGCUUCUGAGGUCUACGAGAUCGCUCUCAUGGCGCUGGCGCUACUCUCUGCUAUGUGGAAGGGGGAUUACUUAACCGUUCGGUGGCUGAUGGACAUCGGAGUUCUCUUAACAUGUUCCUUAAUGCUUCUUCCCAGCAUUUCUUUGAGCGUUUCGUAUGGUGGAUCACCCUAUAUAUUUUCCGCGGAGCAGGCCUGCAAUCAAGCGACGAAAGAGAGUGUUCAUGAUUCGGAUACAAAAGGCGGCUCGAAGGAAAAAUUAAACGGCAGGACCUAUGGAAAUAGUCUGCUGGAGUUCUUCACCUAUCGAGUGCGGUACUUUUGGGGAAGUGUAAUACUUACAAACUGCGUCUGCCUCUCCAUGGUGUCCAGCUGCUUUGAGUACAUGUUCGAUGGUCCGAUUACAUUGACAAGAGCUGCAUUAUCUACCACCAAGCAUGGGCUAUGUGGUGGUGCUGUCGACUUCAUUAUUUUGCAAGGAUUGAUUUUGCAGCUGCUCUACUUGGUGGGGGGAGUGGCGUAUUUUACAUUCAUCAUGAAGCUCCAUCCUUCCCAUUACUACGGCAAGAUAUUUCCGGGCAUGAGCAUCGUCUUCAUGAUUGCCUGUGGACUUCAAUUCAUCCCAAUGCCGGAGAUGGUGGCUGCAGUGACGAUUUCAACCGUCACAGUGCUAUCCUACUACAUGUCAAUCUACAACUCCUACAUGCUAUCUGGAGCAUCUAGAGCUGAGCUCUUCGGCUUUGUGCAAGCAGUAUACUCUGCAGCCGUAGGGCUUGCUGGCUUCCUUCCAUCUGUGCUGCAGCUCAUAAAAGCAAGCCAAGGGACUCUCAUGGCUGUUGCUCUAGUCAUGGCUACAUGGGGUCUGCUUCAGUCAUUAUAUCUCUACAGAAGGAACUUCGCCGACCAUGGAAGGGUGAAGACAGUUAGGGAGUAGGUAAUGCACUGGUAGAUUCCAUAUUAUGAUUAUUGACCCAUGGGCAGUAGGGUUUAGAUGUGUCUAGGUUUUAUCCCCCAUACCAUGGACCUCAAUAGGUAUGAUGACACAAAGCAUACAUACAAUUCU